AUGACCUCUGAGCGUAAGCGGGCGAAGUUAGACUUCCUGACUGAGGAAGAAAAGGCGAUUAGAAGGUACCCUUGUUUCCAUGUAAUCAUGGUUUCAGAAAAAUUCUGAACAGAGAGGCGGCACAAAAGGCUCGGGACCGUAAGAAGGACUCGAUUAAAAUGAUGGAACAGUGUAUUGCCCAACUGCGGACGGAGAAUCGACUCCUCCGCCGUACGAACGUGGCACUAAGAGAGAAGUGUCGGGACCAUGAACAAAAGUUUAUUUCCUUGCGGGCGGAACUGGAUGCACUCACGCAGAGUUUAAGGAGUGGAAAGCGGAAGGAGAUCGAGCCUUCAGAGUCAGCAGUACUCUUCCCUCAGCAGCAGGGCGUGGCUCUCUGUCUUCUGAUUUUCCUCUCCCUUCCCCUCCUCUGCAUGGCCUCCCAGUUCCAUCCUUCACCCCAAACAGCCCCGGCCCCGACUUUUUCCUCCCCGAGCUUUCCCCAAUUGAGGUGUCUUCCGAAGUUACAAUUCCGCCCCCAGAAACUGUUGAGGUUGAUGCCCAUGAGGUAGACAUUGCCCCCAUAGUUUCCUCCUCUUCUGUUUAUGAUCUCAUUUACCAAUCUUUCUGCGAUAGCGAGGGUGCUAGCGACGUCAUUCUGAGUCCCUCAUCCACUUCGGAUGAGAGUCUUGAUGACAUCCUUCAGUGCCUAGAGGCCGAUGGGUAUUGUUCUGAUGCACUAGAAAGUACGAUGCCCCCUCUCACCCCGGAAUGUGCCCUCAUAAACACCCCCUGA